UCCAAAGCAACCAAAACACAAUGCAGAUUUUGACACGUGGACCCAGACCAUUAUAAACGGAUGCAAACCUAUUUAUAUUCCACUCUUUAAUCUCCCCUUUCUGUUCCGCUUCCUUCCACCACCACUCUCACCAUUUCUCUCUCCUCUUCCGCCGCUUCUUCCUCUUUUCUCUCUCCUCCGACGACAUCUAGGUUAAAAACUCCAUUGUUGCGAACUCCAGUGAGUUGCUGGUGGAAUUCACUCGGCCGAGUCUCGACUCGAAGCGUUCCGAUUCGAUUAACUCGGGCGGAGAAAUCAGGAGAAUCUCGAAUAUUGUGUUUUGUUUUUUUAUUUUGGCUUUGAUAACAAAUGACGACUUCUACUACUAGCGCGGUUUACAUCCAUGUGAUUGAAGAUGUAAUCGAGAAAGUUCGAGAAGAGUUUGUAGUUGAUGGUGGUCCCGGCGAGAAAGUGUUGCAAGAAUUACAAGGACUAUGGGAGCUGAAAAUGAUGCAAGCUGGAGCGGUAUUGCAACCGAGUGAAAGGCCGACUGUGCCGAAGCCGGUGCCCGGGGCUGCGAUAACGCCUGUUCAUGAUUUGAAUGUGCCUUAUGAAGGAACUGAAGAGUAUGAAACUCCUACUGCUGAGAUGCUUUUUCCUCCGACACCGCUGCAGACUCCAAUUCAGACUCCUUUGCCUGGAACAGCAGAUAGUUCGAUGUACAAUAUUCCUACUGGACCUUCAGAUUAUCCUACUCCAACUUCAAAUGAAGGUGUUGGUGUCCCUAAUGACAUAAAGCCUGGAGUUGGAAGGCCUAGCCCAUACAUGCAACCGCCUUCACCCUGGAUGAAUCAGAGGCCUCCACUUGGUGUGGAUGUUAAUGUGGCUUAUGUGGAAGGCCGGGAAGAGGUAGACCGAGGAUCCUCACAACCUGCAACCCAGGAUUUCUUUACCGGGCCUACUGGGAAAAGAAAACGUGAUGAAUUUCCGCCACAAUAUCAGGGAGGUGGAUAUAUACCUCAGCAAGAUGGGGCUGGAGAUGCCGCAGGUGAUGUUUUUGAACUGGAGGUAAGGUGUUAUCCUCUUAUUAUACAAAGCAAGUCUCUUGGAAGAAGUGGCGUUUUGAAAGUCACAUCAGCACUGCAGAAAGGAUCCUCUUCUAGAAUUCCCCAACUAGAUGGACCAAUUCCUGAUCCUUAUGAAGACAUGCUCUCCACACCCAAUAUAUACAAUUAUCAACCCGUUAAUGAAGACUACAAUGUGGUGAACACUCCAGCUCCUAAUGACCUGCAAGCUGGUACUCCUGCUCCCCCUAUUCAAAAUGAUCUGGGAGAUGAAAAUGGUGAUGACGAACCACCUUUGAACGAAAAUGAUGAUGAUGAUCUAGACGACAUCGACCAAGGAGAAGAGCUCAACACACAACAUUUGGUUCUGGCUCAGUUUGAUAAGGUGACACGUACCAAGAGCCGGUGGAAGUGCACGCUUAAGGAUGGCAUAAUGCACAUAAACAACAAGGACAUUUUGUUCAAUAAGGCUUCAGGAGAAUUUGACUUCUAAUUUUGAGACGAGGAAGCCUUAUGGAGAAGUUUAGUGGCUCUUACAAGGAAGUUAUCCUGCUUAGCCAUUCGGCAUCUCUUUUCUUGUUCUAGUUCAAUUUAGCUAGAUCGUUGAGGUUUACAGAUGGAAUCAAUAUAUGCUGUUAGAGAACGGAUUAAUGUGGUUGGCCAGUUGUAUAUAAAGCAAGAGCCCUUUGGCCUUUAAUGUGGAUGGCUAAGUGACUAUUGUCAUUUCUUAAAUGGAAUGUGAUUCCAUUAGUUCUGUACACUUUGGACAUUUGGAUCGUCUACUGGAGAUUGCAUUUUUCCCA